UGCUAGAUUUUACAUUUGCAAGGUUUUUAAUAAGUUGCUCUUGAUUGUUUAGCGGUUAGCCUUCAGUGGAUUACAGAGACCAUGUCAGUUCAAUUCAAGGCUCGUUUGUUGCCGAGCAUGUUUAAUCUAGAGGAAGAAAUACGCAGGUUUGCUAUUGGUGACGAACAGGCCAGAGAUUUUGCACUCUUGAAGAAAAAAAUCGGAAGUGUGUUUCCUACAUUAAAUCACGGAAACUUCAAGCUGUAUUACAAAGAUGACAGAGACGACCAGAUAUCGUUUAACAGUGAUGAAGAGUUACUGGUUGCCUUAGAACAAAUGGAUGAUGGAGUGCUAAGUAUUAUCAUAAAGAAUACAUUUGCGGAAACAUUUAACUUCACACAAGGCUUUCCCGCCGGAAGCUACACUGGUCAAAUGCCCACUUUUGGCAAUCCAUUUGCGGCCUUUACUCAGCCGGACUUCAUACCUAACUACAUGGGUGGACAACAGUUUGGAACUUUUCAAUACCAAUAUCCUAACGGAGCGAAUGGCUAUUCUGGCACGUGGUCCACAAAUAACAACCACAACCAGUAUCAGGCACAACAACAAAGUCAGUCUUAUUCCCGUACCGACAAUUCAAGGCCACCGUAUCGUUCACACAGAUAAAAUGCAACGCCGGUGUUUUGGAGAUCUAUACUUUCUAUUGGGCUGCCAUUUUGCCCGACCCAACCAUUUUUCACCACUAAUGGAGAUUCUUAUCGCUGUUGUUUUUUCCGCUUUUAGUGUCUGUAGAAAAUGUAUCUUAAACCUAAAUAAACAUUAUUUUUAUCUGAACA